AUGUUUUUUUUUUAUUCUUUUAGUUGUUCAUUGUAAAUAUUGUAAUUUCUGUUUUGCUACCAAAUCAACGUGAAUAUAAAGUUAUUAUUUUUUUUUAUUUAAAAUAAUGAAUAUUCUUAGGGAUAUCUAUAAAAAAAGUUUAUUUGAAACUGAGAAGAAUAUUCGUUUUUGGGAAGACUAUUUACAGAACCUGAAUAACCUAGAUUUCACUGUAUAUUCUGAAAAAUUGAAAGUACCUAUUUUAGUUCCUGUAGGAAACAAAAUAUUGUUUAGAGGAGAUCUGAAACAUACUAAUGAAGUAACUGUAGCACUUGGAGCUGACUACUUUACGAAAUGUUCUAUUAAGCAGGCCGAAAUUUUAAGACAACAUAGAAUUAAAGAUGCCAAAUCAAAGCUUGAAGUGUACUAUAAAGAAAAAGAGUACCUUGAAAGGCAAGUUUCAUUUGGUGAAGAAAAUCUUUAUGAGAAUAAUGGACAAAAUUUAAUUGAAGUGUGCAGUGAGGAAGAGGACAAAGCUUGGAGGAAACAUCACAAAGAGAAAGUGAAACAAUACAAUCAGAGCAAAAGCAAAACACAGGAAGUUACACCAGAUGAAAUGACUGACGAGGAGCUGUUGCUAAGGUUGGAAGAACUUGAACUUCAGGAAGAGCUACAAAAUGAACUAGACAAUACAACCAAACCUGACAGUAGUAUUGAUGAAAGUGAAGAAAACAGUUAUGAUUCUUUCAUUAUUAAAGAGGAUGACAUUAGUAAUAUUGAAACAGAGAAAGAAGAACAACAAGAAGCACAUAUUACUCAUAAUAUUCCCAAAAAAACAUCCAAAAUAGAUUUGUUAGAGCAAGUUAUAGACAGACAAAAAAUGUUGGAAAUGAAAUUAACUGAGAUGAAAAAUAGGCAGCGGGUUCAAACUAAAACUGAAAAUGAAUUAUUGUCUAGAUUAGAUGAAAUAGAGCAACUUGAUGAGCUGGAAGAUGAAAUGGACAGGUUGGAUGAUAUUUUAGAAGGAAGCAGUGAAGAUGAUUGUCAACAUGAUGAUAAUUCAAACAAAAUAAAAAAAAACAUUACAUUUGCUGAUGAAGAGGACAGUGAAACAAUAGACAUAAAUUUUAAGCAUUCAGACUUUGAAUCAUCUAAAGAACCAUAUGAACCAAAUAAAGGUAUCACAAAACCUAGUGAUAUUUAUGAUGCCUUCUCUAAUCUAUUUGCUAAUGCAACAACUUCAAUUUUAAGAAAAUCGAAAUAUGAAAAUGUCAGCAUCCAAAGUGACAAGGAAAUUUAUGAUGAGGCACAAAAUAAAAUGCCUUCAUUAAAAAAAAAUGAAAAGAGGACAAUUUGUAUCAAUGAUGUUAAAGAAAAAACAGAUGAGAAACAAAAUAAGGUAGAUAGCGACAAUAGACCAAAAAGUCUAUUCAAAAAGAGAAGGCAACAACAAAAAUUAUAACUAAUGAUCUAAUCUAAUGAUUAAGACAAAUUGAAAUGAAAAAUUAAGGAAGGUGAUAAUUUUUCUUUAAUAAAGUGGAUAUAAUUGCUA